CUGGCGUAAGAAGCGGGAGAUGGAGAUAUGUGUGUGUGUGUGUGUGUGUGUGUGUGUGUGUGUGUGCAAAAGUAAUAGCAUUUGCGGCUCUGAUUGGUAGUAAUAUAUGACAUGAUUAUGUGUACAAAUACUAUUCUCCAUUGGCAAUAAAUAAAUACACUUUUAUUUGUUAUACAGUCGUUAUCCAGAGGUUGAAACUAGUGCAGGGUAUCCCCCAAAAAUGGAACUGCGAUUCUCAUUAAAAAACCCACAAAAAACGAUUGCUAAUAAAAACAUUAAUUGAAUCUCUUAAAUAGUAUAUGACACCCAUUAGAUGUGAGGUGCUGAUGUACUGUCUAAGUGUAUGAAUACGCUGUUUUUAUCAGUUUAAAAAUUUUUUUUUUUAUUAGAAAACGUUAACAUUACCGGCAAUAGGAAUUGAUUCGGUCCAUUAGAACCUAUGAACAACAUGCCAGUAAGCAAGAUAGGGGAGAUAACUUUCAUUAUCUAACGUUUUGUUUAUGUCAACAAAAUGCAUGGUCUCAAUCGGACUUUGGGCCAUGCGAACAUGUUUCUGUAUUUCCUGUUCGCGUUUUUGACAGUACCGGAUCUGUCGUUCUCCAAACUGCUCGCGGGCUUCGUUCACCCACACGGCGGGAUCGCUCUGGAUCCAAAAUAUUUCAACACGACAAACCACACCGCGAAACACGAAGCGUGGGAAAUUCACAACGCGUGCACGAGAAUCGGGCAGAUUGUAAUAUCUCUGGCUCCUGACAUAAUAUUCCUUAGCACGCCGCAUGGGAUUUCUGAUCUGAACAACUUUGUGUUUUAUUUAAAUCCCACGGGAGCUGGAUACGCCGACACCGAUAACUGCCAGUGUCCCCCGUGUUGUUACAAAGUGAACGCAUCGCUAGACAGUCGACGUUCGGAAGAAAUCGUGAGCGAGUUCGGGACUGCUCGGAAUGUAUCAGGAUUAAGCGGGUAUGGUCCGCCGGGUGGCAGUGAUGUACCUUUUCCACUAAGGUGGGGAGAAGUCAUUCCACUCUAUUUUAUUCCCAGCCUGGAGAAGGUCAAGGUCGUGAUUCUGUCCCAGCCGAGCAGACGAUACACAAAAGAUGUCGAAAUGAUUCCAGAACUUCUUCAACUUGGGGGUGAUUUGUACAGAUACUUGGAGGCGCUGUCUGAACGAGUCGUGGUGAUCGUCAGCGCUGACCUCGCUCACACUCACCUCAAGGACGGGCCAUACGGCUUCUCCAAUACAUCAGAACCGUUUGAUCUCGCUAUUGGGAUAUGGGCGUCAACACUGGACGGCCAAGCACUUCUGAAAACGGCCGCCGGAUUGGUCGACAGGGCCCUGUCAUGUGGAUACACGGGUCUUGUCAUGUUGCACGGGCUUCUGGAAGCCGCAUCACUGUCGUCAUGGGUACCGAAAGUUUUCGCCAACUACCAUCCAAGUUACUAUGGAUAUGCUCAGCUUUUCGCGAACACCUGAUAUCAUCAGAUUUACCAGUGAUUCAUGAGUGCAUAUCAUCACAGCUAUAUUAAUUCCAAUGAUCUCUUUACUGUGCUAGUUUUGAUUCAGUAGACUAGUCUGGAGUGGCAGUCCUCUGCGGCGGUGCAAAAAGGAUGUAUUACCCGAUAAAGGAUCUCCUCGGGAGUGGUUGUCCUCCUACAGACGGGGCAAAUUCCCAUUGGCAUUGCAUUGUGCAGAGAUACGAUCUUAAUUGUGAAUAACUGUUUUAUCGUUCAAAUGCAGUGGCGGAUCCAGAAAAUCCAUUGG